GCCCAAUGACGCCAACAGACGUAGUAGUGUAGGGACAACAGAGCAUGUGCUUCAGAUUAACGUCCUUAGUACGACCAAGGCUGAUCAGUCUCUUGGUGCUUACAAUUGUUCUCGAGAUUACCGUCUGAACAGGUGGAGAGGAAACCUUAUUGUUUUACAAUCCUCCAGUGUCCUACUAUUGAGAAUUCUCGUCCUCUGUGUUCAUGACUGGUCUUAAAUUUAAGGGAGUUUUUUAAACAAAGCGUAAUUUUCAGUUAGUGGGCACGUGUGUAAUUUUGCCUUCAAAACUGGCCAAAGUUUUUAGCCUUCAAUUUAAUUGUUUAUUUCCAAACUUCUCAAUAAUCAGGGGUUUUGAAUAAGUACUCUAGACUUAUUUCGUUCAACAGCAUGAUACUUUUAGCACUUCUUUUGGUCCAUUCUGCUAGAAGCUGCAGCUUUCUGGACGCUGCAGUAAAUGUGGAGCACAUGGCACCAUGGUCAUUUGAGUACGAUGCUGGACAUGUGGCAACGAUUUACUGUUUUGAUAAUUUUUUUGUUUCUUCGGCCAUAUCUGAGACAGAUAAUAGCGCGGUUGUCAGAUGUGGGCCGUCGGGAGAGUGGCUCACUUUUGGAUUGGGCUUUGAGACUAUUGUAACUGGAUGUAUUGAAUGUAUUGAUAGCAUAGCGAGCUGCAAUUACGGCUCCUGUGUGGAUGGAGUGUGCAUUUGUUACGAGGGCUACGAAAAGUCUCUGAGAGACCCUAGAUUGUGUGCUAUAACCCAGUGCGAUGAUCUGGUACUGGCCAACCAAAAGGCUGAUCCUGUUGGACCGUAUGAUGUUGAUGCUGUUGUUGCGGUUAAAUGUAAUUCGGGACAUCAUGUCCUCGGAACGAAAGAUGGUACUGAGCAAGUUUUGACUUGCAAAUCUGACGGACAUUUUGGCUCUGUUCUCCGACCGUGCGUUGUUUGUGGACACUCCGGGGAUUGUACGAACGGAACAUGCAAUGCUAACCACGAGUGCGAAUGUGACAUUGGUUUUAUUCAGAGUUCCAAAGACAAGAGCGUCUGUAUAAAGAUUAAGUAACCAGCUAAUGAACGAGAAACUAAGAAAGAAGACGAAAGAAGGACAAUUCCGAUAGACGAAAUUUAAAAUAAUAUUAACGGAUUAAAUAAGAAUCGAUUAAUAUAUAAUAAUGGAUUAUACAUUGAACUUUCUAACAUAGAUUGGUGCACAUCUAGAUAAAUAUGGCAUACUAUACAAUUUAUAAGCAUCUCGCGUUUCGUGCUCCUCAAAAUUAUACGUCCUACUCCUACUUGCCGGCGCUACUAAUUCACUCGCCAGUGUUUCAAUGAAAAUAGCGCUAUUCGUAUUAUAUUACGUUUUGGUGUUGUAAGCUUUUAUUAAAAAAUGAUUGAAGAAUAAUUGGUGAAACAACGAUUAAUUUUAUUA